AUGGACGUCGAAGUUCCGGCUCAUAAUGAAACUAUUAGAAAAAUAGAGGACAUUAUUGAUAUUCAGAAAGCAAAUGGAAAUUUCAGCAUGCGUCAAGUUGCAUUUAACCUCCCAGCUGACACAGAGUGCACUGUAUCCGCUAACUUAGCUAAGAGUUUAGAGUCUGGCUUAUCCAAAUCAAAGUCAGAUGACUCGAAGAAGAAAUUUAAAAAGUUACGUUCAAACAGACAGAAGAGUCCACUACCUGAUGUUGUUUCAUGGCCCAGCGACUCCGACAUAACUGUGCUCAGAAUGAAACUGUGUUUAACUAACAGUAACCCAAAAGAAAGAGUGGGGAAUAUAAUCCCAGGAGACGGUCUCCACCAGCGGGAUAGUUCUUCAAUGGUUAAUUUGGCGACGUUAAUACGACAUUCGCAGCCACCUUCGAAAGCUGAUUUCAAUAUUGAAGAAUACCUGAUGCCAUUAACAUCUUGGGAUCGAGAGCAAGAUGUUUACGCUGAAUCGGAGAGUAAAGAUCUCAAAGUUGAUACUGAUGAGACACAAACGCUUAAUUUAGCUACAAAAUUUGCAAAUGACUACAAUAAUAUUUACGAAGCUAUGUGCAGUCACGAGUAUGUAAAUUUUAGUUCACAAGACACAAGUUCGGAAUAUUCUAAAAUCGGUACUGUAUCAAAAUUUGCAAGGUUUCUGAGACUCUAUUUCUGUCCUUGUUGCACCUGUCUGUACAGACUGGAGAAGAUGCGAGAAGAACCUUCUGCGUAUUUUACGAAGCAAACCUUUAAAGAGGUUUGA